AUGAAAUCUCGCACUUUGUCAUGGAUUUCCGUGUGCCUGCUUGCUGUUCUGCUAGCGUCGCCACCGCCGGCGAGAGCUCAGGACCCGACGGCCGGGUUCACAGCGGUGAGCCUGAGCGAGAGCAACUUCAUGCUGCAGAAGCCAUACAACAUGCCGGCGAGCUCGCGGUACAGCUUCAAUGGCACCGUGCGGCAGAUGUGGAUAGCACCCUCCGAUGACCCCUACUCGCCCCAGAGCGACACCAAGCCCAGGACGGAGAUGAGGAUGACCGGAUACGACUACUCGUCCGGCGUGUGGCAAUUCGAGGGCCUCGUGUACGUGCCGUCCGGCUCGUCGGGCAUGUCCAUCAUGCAGGUGUUCGGCGGCGACGCCACGGCCACCACGCUCAUGCUGCACGUCUACGGCGGCGCGCUCUGGUACUACAACCAGCAGGUCAUCGAGGACGGCAUCUACGACCGGUGGCUCCGGGUGAACGUGGUCCACGACGUCGGCGCCUCCAGGCUCACCGUCUUCGUCGACGGUCAGCUGAAGCUCACCUUCCCCGGCCGCGGCGGCGACACGCACUUCUUCAAGUUCGGCGUCUACAUGCAGAGGGACGCCUCGGCGCGCAUGGAGUCACUCUGGAGAAACAUCAGGAUCCUCAGGAAGAACUGACAUGCCCAAUCGCUCGCACGACAGGGUUCAACUAUUUGUAUCAGCAUUGUACAUGAUUCCAAAAGAAAAAAAGAACCGCUCGCACGACAAAGUUCAGCAAUUUGUAUGAUUGUGUUUGUAUCACCAUUGUACAUGCAUGCAUGAUUCCAAAAAACAAGUAUCGGCAUUGUAUA